AUGGGGAAGCUCGCGGCCCUAGAAGGGAGCAUGAUGACGGCAGGCGCCGCCGCCUGCGGCAGCACCAUCUCGGCCGUGGCCGUCGCGGCGGCAGGCGCUGGGCCGGGUCUGCCUGGCCUCGGCGCUGGCGCCGCCGUCGCCUUCGUGGUCGGCGCGGCGUACGGCAAGCGCCGGCGCGUGCAGUCGCAGGGACCCCGCGACCUCAAGAAGGACCUGGGCAGCCUGAGCGACGCUGUCGAGGAGGUCGGCGGCAGGACGCAGACGCUUGAGCGCAGGGCGAGCGGCGACGGAGAGGAAGUGGUGGCGGAGAAGCAGCGCCAGCAGGUUGAGGCGUCGCUCAAAUCGCGGAUCAGCCAGCUGGAUGGCGAGAAGCAAAUGAUCCAGGAGAAGGAGACCGAGCUCAGAUCGAGCCUCGCAAGGAUCGAGUCCGACCUCGCCCAGGCGGCCGAGACCGAGGCAUCCCUGAAGGCGCGGCUUGGCCUGCUCGAGCGCGAGAAGCAGACGCUCCAAGAAGAGGGCCGCGAGAUGGAGAGCGAGCUCAGAACCCAGCUCGAGGUGCUCGAGUCCAAGAGCGAGAAUGCCCUCCAGCAGGCGGCCGAGACCGAGGCAUCCCUGAAGGCGCGGCUUGGCCUGCUCGAGCGCGAGAAGCAGACGCUCCAAGAAGAGGGCCGCGAGAUGGAGAGCGAGCUCAGAACCCAGCUCGAGAUGCUCGAGUCCAAGAGCGAGAAUGCCCUCCAGCAGGCGGCCGAGACCGAGGCAUCCCUGAAGGCGCGGCUUGGCCUGCUCGAGCGCGAGAAGCAGACGCUCCAAGAAGAGGGCCGCGAGAUGGAGAGCGAGCUCAGAACCCAGCUCGAGAUGCUCGAGUCCAAGAGCGAGAAUGCCCUCCAGCAGGCGGCCGAGACCGAGGCAUCCCUGAAGGCGCGGCUUGGCCUGCUCGAGCGCGAGAAGCAGACGCUCCAAGAAGAGGCUGAAGUGACAGAAGUGGCCCUAAGAAGCCAGAUCAGCCAGCUCAAGCAGCAGGCAGUUUCACUCGCCAAGGCCAAGGAGACGGACGAGGACGCGCUCAGGGCGCGGCUGAGCAAGCUCGAGUCCGAGAAGGAGCAACUCGAGCAGCAGGAAAGGGACUUGCGGGAGAGGCACGUGGCAGCGGUCGCGCAACUCAGGGCGGCCGAGGUCGAUAAGGACAGCGUCCUGCAGCAGGCCGAAGCGACGGAGGCGACCCUGAAGAGCCAGCUGAGCCAGCAGCAGGAGCAGAACGCCGCGCUCGCCAAGGCCAGGGAAGCAGACGGAGAUAUGUUCAGGGCGCAGCUGAGCAUGCUCGCAUCUGACAAAGAACAGCUCGAGCACAAGGCGAAGGAAGACGAAGCUGCGCUGAGGGCACACAUCGACCAGAUCAUGUCCGAGGGUGACCAGAUCCAAAAGCAGGCGAAGGAAGACGAAGCUGCGCUGAGGGCACAAAUCGACCAGAUCAUGUCCGAGGGUGACCGGAUCCAAAAGCAGGCGAAGGAAGACGAAGCUGCGCUGAGGGCACACAUCGACCAGAUCAUGUCCGAGGGUGACCAGAUCCAAAAGCAGGCGAAGGAAGACGAAGCUGCGUUGAGGGCACAAAUCGACCAGAUCAUGUCCGAGGGUGACCAGAUGCAAAAGCAGGCCAAAGCGGUGCAGGAUGCGCUCAGAAAGCAACUCGACGGGUCGGAGCUCGAGAAGCAGCAACUUCAACGGCAAGCUGAGGCCUCUGCUCAGGCGAAGGAGGAGGACGAGGACAUGUACGAGGCGCAGCUGAGCGCGCUCGAGUCGGAGAAAGAACAGAUCCGGCAGGAGGCCAGGGUGACGGAAGACUCUCUGAGGAGCCAGCUGCGCGGGUUGGAGACAGACAGAGAUCGACUCCAGCAGCAACUAGCCGCCUCUGCUCAGGCCAAGGAGGUGGACGAGGACUUGUUUGAUGCACAGCUGAGCGCGCUGGAGUCUGAGAAGGAAAACCUCCGGCAGCAGGUGAGGGCCAUGGAGGAGGCCCAUAAGAAACAGCUUGCCGGGUGGGAGCUCGAGAAUCAGCAGCUCCAUCAUCAGCUUGCCGCUUUCGCCCAGGCGCGAGAGGCCGACGGGGAGGCGUUCCGGGUGCAGCUGGUUGCGCUGGAGGCGGAGAGGGAGCAGCUGCAGCAGAAGGCGAUGGAAACGAACGACGUGCUCAGGGCACAGUUCGAUCACUGGGAGGCGCAGUGCGACCAGAUCCAACAGCAGGCCAAGAUGACAGAGGACGCCCUGAGGAGCCAGCUGAGCGAGCUGGAGUCGGAGAAGCUUCGGCUCCAGCAGCAGGCCGUGUCCGCCAUCGAGGCAAAGGAGGCGGACGAGGAGAUGCUCAGGGCGCAGCUAAUUGCACUCCAGUCCGACAAGGAACAUCUCCAGCUGAAGAUGGCGGAAACGGACGACGGGCUCAGGGCCCAGCUCGAGCGCCUGAUGUCGGAGAACGACCAGGUCCAACAGCAGGCCAUGGCGAUGGAGGACGCCCUGAAGGGCCAGCUGAGCGGGCUCGAGGCGGAGUGCCGGCGGCUCCAGCAGCAGGCCUCGGCCACCGCGGAGGCCCUGUGGGCGGAGGAGGAAGCGCUGAGGGUGCAGCUGGGCGCGCUGGAGGCUGAGGGGCAGCGGCUCCGGCAGGAGGCGACGGAGGCGGAAAAGGCGCACAGGGCGCAGCUCGCUCAGGCAACGUCCGAGAAGGAUCAGAUCCAGCAGGAGGCC